UGCUAUGUUGUGGAUUAUGAGCAGCCAUUAUCCUUCCUGAGCAGAGUUGUAGCAUCAGAAAAGGCGGGUUUGGCAGUGAGCAAAAAAGGUUUGACAUUGAAAGAGCUUCUUCAGCAAACAUCUCAUCACAAUUCCAAAGUCCGAAAAGAAAAGAGUUGUCCUAUGUUGGAGAAUGAUGAGAUCUCAAAUUGUGGGAUUUCUAAGUCAAUCACUCGUGCCGUCUGCUCUUGCUUGUUACAGAUGGGUGAUUAUUGUCUUCUUUUCCAGAUACUAGAGAAAGUAGUUCUUGACCAGAUAACACCGAACCCAGCUUUCGACAAUUUAUGUGCUCUGCUCAGGAUGCUUGUCGCACUUGACGCUAGACCCACGGGAUUUUCUCAACAGAGUAUUAUCAUUCUAAGCAAUUUCCUUCCAGGAUACUUAAUUGAUGUUGUGUCUUGCUUUCCAGAAGAUGAUGAUGAAUCCCGCAUCCCAGUCCUUAGAAGCACAAGACAUUAUUAUUUCCUGCCUUGCUAUAUCUUGUUUUAUAGGAGCAACAAACUACUCAAUCUUGUUUUAAGGAAGAUGGGAUCUUUGGUAACUGAAAAGAGUAGGAUAACUGCAAUUGUUUCUGUUGUCCUACUGAUGCAUAAGGAUGUUAAAGUCUGGAAAAUUCUUUCAUCAUGCAAGACAGAUAUUGACUUCAUUUUACAGAGUAUACUCGUGGUACAGUCAUCUGAGGAAGACAACAUGGUCCUUGAAGAAAGGCACAAAAUACAGUCUGUAGUUGAUCGACUAAACACUCUAAUCAGUGAAAGCUGACAAUCUAAAAGCGUACUUGUACUAAGAAACCUUCCCAGUAAGUCUACUUCCUUCUGUUCUAUUUGUUUGUGGUCAAUCAAUUUCCUUAUUUAUGUGGCACAUGAUUUUCUAUUGCACUUUUACAGGUUAAAAAGAAACCUAUAAAUUUAAUAGUUCCGCAGGAUAAAUGGAAUUGUGGUGGGUUUUGGUUAUUAGCAUGUAGGGUCAGGAGCAUAGAUUUAAACAAGAGCAUAGGGACAUGUAUAAACAUCGGCGUAGUGGUCGAAAUUGGACAGUAGUGGUCGAUAUAUUAGUAAAUAAUGGUAUCAGAAGUUCAAAAUCCUGUUACUUAAUGGCCCAUACAAUACAUAACUGCCGGUAUUUAAAACC